ACUAAACACACUGUUGCGUACAGCAUUCCCUUAGUAGCAUCAUAUCCGAAUAGUUGGAUCGGAGCAAGUGUUUUUUGUUUCAUUUUAAGUCAAUUUUUUGUGCCAUUUUUUAUAUUUUAUACUUGUGCUCCGUUUGUAUUACGUAAAAGUCACAUAAAUAAGACCAUUUUUGUAUUCAUUAAAGAAUUCGUGUGAAAGAUAAAGGCAUAAAUUAAUUAUUGCACCAGACAAGAUAACAUAAAGAAUUACAAUGAAUCCAAACCAAAAGCCGCCAGGUACGUUAGCGAAAAUAACAAAUUUUUUCCGAGGCAAUACAAAAUUUUCGCAUGCCAUGUGGAAGCAAAGCGGUGAAAAAGACGAUUGGGCCAGAAAAGCAGUUGAUGCAUUAGUUAAAAAGUUAAAACAACAACCAAACGGUAUAAAAAAGAUAGAAACCGCAUUGCAAACGCGAAGCUCCGCUUCGGAAUGUGUUACCAUCCCCAGAUCAAUGGAUGGCCGUUUGCAGAUUUUAAAUUGUAAAGCAUUGCCGCAUGUAAUAUAUGCUCGAAUUUGGCGUUGGCCCGAUUUACAAAAUCAUAAUGAAUUGAAGGAGGUGAAGAAUUGUCAAUAUCCAUUUUCCAAAGCCAAACGAUCCGAAAAUGUUUGCAUAAAUCCAUAUCACUAUGAACGCGUUGAAAAUGCUGGCAUGCUACCGCCAAUUUUAGUGCCUCGUGUCUCCCAAUUUUGUCCAGGCCAUUCGAAAUUGCCGACGCAACAAGUACCGCCAAUGGCACAAAUGCAACAAACUAUUGCCGAAGCACCACCAGAACCGAUGCCGAUUAAUGUCACUUUUGAAAACAAUCAAUUUACUAUGGCAAGAAAUGGAUAUGGUUCACAAUGCUCAUCAGGCCAAAAUAGUCCACUAUCAGCCAUAUCAAAAAAUCAACCAAAUGGUUAUCAGCAACAGCAACAGCAACAGCAACAACAACAACAACAACAACAACAACAACAACAACAACAACAACAACAACAACAGCAACCGUAUUCGGCAUUUUCAUCACCACCUCAUCAAAAUGAUAACUAUAAUUAUGAUCAAAAUCAAGCUGCAAUGGUUCAGGUACCUUACGAAGAAGCAGAUCACUGGGCAACAGUGGCAUACUAUGAGCUGAAUAAUCGCGUCGGUGAACAGUUCAAGUGUAAUAGUGGUAACACUUCUUUGAUCGUUGAUGGAUACACACAACCAUCAUGUGCAACAUCAAAUCGAUUUUGUUUGGGGCAACUGUCAAAUGUCAGCCGAAACAGUACGAUCGAAUCAACACGAAGACAUAUUGGAAAAGGUGUAAAUCUAUACCACAUUAAUAACGAACUAUAUCUACAUUGUGCAUCGGAUAGUCCGGUGUUUGUGCAGGGUUCAAUGACAAACUAUUUACAUAAUUUUCAAUCAAAUGUGGUGGCAAAAAUAAUGCCCAAGCACGACUUUAAGAUUUUUGAUUAUUCUGAAUUUUCGAAAUUGGUAAACGAAGUGGUUGGCAAUGGAUUUGAGCAGACAUAUGGACUAACCAAGAUGUGUACGAUUCGAAUCAGUUUUGUCAAAGGAUGGGGCGCUCAAUACCAUCGGCAAGACAUAACGUCAACACCUUGCUGGAUUGAAAUACAUUUAAAUAGUCCGCUAAAAUGGUUGGAUAAUGUGCUCGUCCAAAUGGGAUCACCGUUAUACAAUAUUACCUCUGUAUCUUAAAGGAAUCAAUUUUAUGCCGAAAUCGAUGAACUGAUGACCACCACCUUACAUGCAACGACCGUACAAAUAAUGGAAAUCAUGUAUUUCAACAUCAAUAUAUAUACCAUAAUUUAGUAUAUAUCGAGAAGCUAGGACCAAUUUUUUUUUUUAAAUUCCACUCAUUUUUCAAUAAAGAAAAUAAAACACAAAUAACUGA